AUGUCGACAGAACAGCUCAGCAGUCGGUACUGCAUGUACAAGGAAGGCACCGAUCGCCUCGUCCGCUGGAUAAUCAAGACCGCUUCCUCAUGUCGGAGAAGUUUUGUCAAGUCCAGUGAUGGGACCGUUUCCACGAAAGAGCUUCUGGAGUGCACAAGAUCAAUUGUGGAAUGGAAGCCACCUGUUGAGAUUCCGGUCAGCACGAUUGAAUUGCUUGAAGGCUCGUCUCUCAAACUCCCGAAUGCGAUCCUGGGAGAUCUUUGUGCGCGGAAUUUUACACGAUCCAGCACGCGAGGUCUGCGGCAGAGAUCGAAAGCGAUCGUAGUCAUGCGCACUUCAGACGCCAGGGCUACGCGAUCUAAGAAGUCGAGAACGACAAAAGCGAGUGCGCAGGAGGAUCAUGCUUCUCAUCCACCAAAGGCCACCGAAAAACUCAACAAUCUUUUCCAGAACUUGCAAAUCGAGGAACCGUGCGAGGCUGCUUGGUCUUCCGCGGCAUCGAAGAAAGAGCGCAAGGACUCUGCUCCGCGAGCUCCGGCAACGCUACAAGUCGACAAGAGCGCAGAGAAGCGUUUUUCGAUCUGGUGUUUCCUCCAGGAUGCCAAAGAGAUUCGAGACUUCGUCAAGCAGAUCUGGCACGAGUGGCGCGACGAGCGUCGCAUGAGCUUUGAAGCUGCGGCGGUGAUUACGGAGACAGCGAUGGGCAUUGUCCGGCGUGCAGGCGAUGCCGUAGCUGAGGAACAUCCCGAGGUGGCGCACUACCCUCAUGUCUUGGACCUGCUGGGCUACGAGACCAGAGUGAAUUCCUGGACUCAGAUCCCCACCGUGCUCGCAGAAGGAACGGAAUUCGUGGCUAGCGACGCCGGCAAUGGAGAAGAACUGCUGUUCCCACACGCAGGCGGAUUACUGCAUGUCUUCUGGCACCAUUGGAACGCGACAACUAUGUUCUUGGCAGAGCGCGCCAAAGACGGAGUUCCAGAAGAUGCGCGCCAAAUGUGGUCAUACAAGCAUCCGGAAGAUACGACAGGGCGGCUGGACUUCCAUCCGUUUGCGAAGCUGAUGUGGAAGAUGUUCCCGGACCUGUACGCCCUGGUGCUUUCCCUCGACGCAUUAAAGAAUACGGCGCGCGAUGCACAGGCACUCUUCCAUGGACUGCGGACGAUGCACGUCACAGGUCAACUCCCGCUCUGGUUGGUAUGUGUCGUUCAGAUCUGCAUGGACAUGCACGAUAUCGUGGGCGAUGAGCCAAUAGGCCUGGAGAUUCUUCGUGAGCGUACCACACAAGCCGCCGAAGUGCUUUCGAAGUACGCCAAGAUUCGUGAGCGGUAUGGAAGUCACAUCAAUGCGAGUCAGCUCGACAAGACGAUAAAAGAGGUCGAACGCGAACGCAAAGCAGCGACUAUGAGCUUGGCCACGGACAAGAGCGUCCAAUUCGAGUCGUUGCUGCCCAGUGCGGACAGCGUUCCGUCGAAAGCUUUCCGAGGCCUUCAUAUCCUGGUGGGUGAGAAGGUGGAUGCGCACCAUGCCUUGAUGCACGAUGCUGGAGUGCAUAUUGGCAACGACGGCUGUGUCAUUCUUGCCGUGGCCCAUCUCUACAAAGCAGCACGCCAUGCAAAGCUCUUGCGUACGGCGUGGACAGAUAUGGAGUGGUUCUUGGAGCAGCAUAGCAAGCGUCGCGCCUUCGUGCAAGAUGUCGGCAAGUAUGGUGGCAUGAGCUCCUUUUCUCGCCACUUCUCGCUUGCGCUGGGCACGCCCAUUACGAUGCUGGCGCGUCUCAAGGCCAUGCCGAGAGCAGCACAAAGCUGGUCAGCAGUGCCUCGACGCGCGCAGCAAAGAAUGUUCGACACACCCUGUGAGCUCAGCUUGGCCAGCGACGAGCUCUAUGGCCGCGAGAAGGCGCCAGUGUCGCAUCGGGAUCCUUUUUUCGCGCUUUUGGAGAAGAUGACGGAGAAGAGCGAUGCCGACAGGCAGAAGACGACAUCGCGCAGACCAGGCUCUGGUCAAAAGCCAAAGUUUACCGGCCUCCAACUCUUAGAGACGUACAAGAAGAUGAGGAUUGCGGAGGACAUGCCGCUCAACUUCGAUUAUGUCUCCUUCUGGAUGGCGUGCUGGGAGAUGUUGGACAACAUUCGUCGCGCCGUCGCAGACACGAUACCGGAACUGUGCACCAAGUACGAGGACAUGCUUGUGCUCGCCAUCUUUGACCGUGCUGCAGAGGCUGAGCGGCUGCGAACUCCGCUGGAGCACUCGGCGAUGGGAGAAGUUGCGCACAUCAUCAACGCGCAUGUCGAGAAGAAAGGGAAAGGCGACGAGCUGAGCAAAGGUGCGGCGACGAGAAUGCGAGGGCCCACAGCACCCAAAGCCCCAUCAAAGCCGAAGCCCAAGCGAGAUGCGAGAGGAUAUCUGGUAUGCAGACCACAGUGA